GCCACGCCGGGGCAAACUUUUUAUAUCCGCAGCUCUCCCGCUCGCCAACGGUGAUGCAAGCUGUCAGGCUGCGUUAAAGGACGAGAAAGAGGAACCGAGAGACAAUUUCACGCCACUUUUUUUCCCCCUUGUUUGUUUGGAGAGGCGGACAUUUAAACUACAGCCCGGCUUCAACUAACUGCGCAGCUCGGAACCCAUUUGCAGUUUUGUUUGUGCGCGCUGAAAUGAAAUAGCCCUUGAAAGUGCGUCUUUUUUUUUUUUUUUUUUUUUUGCAAACAUUUCAACCCAGUUUUCAAAAAAAAAAAAGCUUUGCAUCAUGGCUUUUGUUCACUUGUUCUUGUGCGUCUGGAUGUUGUCGCAGCCGGCGUGGGGAGCUUUUUACCGGGGGCCACUGCACCCGGAGAUGUCCAAUGGCACUUUCCAUCACUAUUUCGUGCCGGACGGCGAGUACGAGGACAACGACGACCCGGAGAAGUGCCAGAUGCUUUUCAAGAUGACCGACGAGCGAAAGUGCAGUCUGGACGAGGACCAGGACUCCGUCAUUAGGGAUGACUUCACCCUCGUCAAGCGGCAGAUCGAGGACUCGGCGCGGGUGCUGGAGGGGAUCGGGAAGAGCGUCUCCUUCGACCUGGACGGGGAGGACAGCUACGGGAUGUAUCUGCGCCGGGAGACGGCCCAGAUCGGCGAGGCGUUCACAAACUCGGAGAAAUCCCUGCUGGAGCUGGAGGUGAAGUUCAAGCAGAGCCAGGAGAGCGAACUGAAGGAGGAGCACCGGCUGGGUGACGACUUCCUCACCAUGGUGGUGCACACCCGGGACGCCCUGAAGGAGACCCUGGACGUCUCCCUGGGCCUGAAGGACAAACACGAGCUGCUGUCUCUGAUCAUCCGCAGCCACGGGACGCGACUGAGCAGACUGAAGAACGAGUACCUCAAAUUCUGAAAGCGGAAACCAUCCCUUUAUUUUCAAAUUAAAAAUAUAAUUGUUUUUGUUUUUUUUUAAUUGGAGUGCGAGCAGGGCCGUAUUUAGAAGAAUGUGGGGCCCUGGGCUUCUUUCACUUUGGUGCCCUGCCCACACAUUUCUUUUAUGCAUGCAAAUUACAAUAGAUUGAUAAAAAAUUUUGUGUCAUACAAGAUGACAAUUACUUUUUUCUGAAUCAGUUUUUCCUUCCUAAACAGUUUCUGAUUAGCAUGGAAUCACUUAUGCAAAAUAUAUAUAAUUCAAUUAAAUUUUACUUAUAUAGCGCCAAUUCAUGAAACAUGUCAUCUCAAGGCACGUU